CGGGGAUGUUUUGCUCGUUUGCAGAGGGAGGCCAGCUUAAAGAAUGAAGCUCCAACCUUGCCAUAAAAAACUAUGACCGGCACAUUGACUGACUAAACAUCCGAUUACAAAGCAAGGACUCAAGAAUGAAGACCAAAUAUGCAAUUGUCUUCAUCUGCAUUGUGGCCCUGGUCAUCAUCGAAAAGGAAAGCAACAUCCUAUCAAGGGUCUCUGAUAAACUAAUCCAGAGGCAGACUCCACAGCAGACCCCACAAACUCCACUGGAUUACAGCAACACAACACAAAAUGACGUGAUGAUGCUCAAAAUGCUGCUCUCUAAACUCAGCGGUAAAAAAGGGAAUUAUUCAAAUCUGUCUGAGGAGCAAGGAGAGGAGGAUGAUGUAAAUACCUACAGCUUAAGUGGUGGCCGUAAGCACAUAUUACUCUUGGCCACAACAAGAACAGGUUCCUCAUUCGUGGGAGAAUUUUUCAACCAGCACGGGGAGAACAUGUUCUAUCUGUUUGAGCCUUUGUGGCACGUAGAGCGCAUGUUGACCAUGGCUGCAGAGGCCAACAACGGGACAGUGUUAGCAGGAAUCUACCGGGAUGUACUCCAAGGUCUCUUCCUGUGUGAUUUUUCUCCUCUUGAGAAGUUCAUCUCUCCCCCACCUCAGGACCAUGUCACCCCAGCCCUUUUUCGCAGAGAGUCUAGUUUAUCGCUCUGUGAAGAACCUGUAUGCUCUCCUGUGAUCAAAGAUGUUUUUGAGAGGUAUCAUUGCAGGACUCGUCGCUGUGGGCCACUCAACUUAACACUUGCAUCUGAAUCUUGCCUUUCUAAGCAACACCAUGCCAUUAAGACAGUCCGUGUGCGCCAGCUGGACACGCUGCAGCCCUUAGUAGAGGACCCUCGUCUGGAUGUGAGAAUAAUCCAGCUAGUUCGUGAUCCAAGGGCCAUUUUAGCAUCCCGCAUGGUAGCAUUCUCUUCAAAGUACCAGACAUGGAAGGCCUGGGCGCAGGACGGCCAGGUACCUGAGGAUGACGAGGAGGUGAAGAGGCUUAAAGGAAACUGUGACCAUAUUAGGAUGUCUGCAGAAGUUGGGCUGAGCCAACCUCGCUGGCUGAGGCGCCGCUACAUGUUGGUGCGUUAUGAGGAUAUUGCUCGCUACCCCAUGCAGAAGGCAGAGGAGAUGUAUAGGUUCACAGGGAUACCAUUUAGUCCCCAAGCCAGGGAGUGGAUUUUAAGGAACACUCAGACCACACAGGAGGCUAGCGGGAUCUACUCCACGCAGAAGAACUCAUCAGAGCAGGCAGAGAAAUGGAGAUUUAGCAUUCCCUUUACACUGGCUCAGGUAGUGCAGAGAGUGUGUGGACCCACCAUGAAGCUGUUUGGGUACAGGUUUGUGGAUGAUGAAAAUGCACUGACUGAUAAAUCCAUCAGUUUGUUGGAGGAGAAACUGUUUCACUAAUCAUGAUUAAAAAAUGUAGCUGUGAAUCUGCAAAAAAAAAAGAAAAAAGGACAGUAUGGAUCAGAGCCAGGUUAAGCCAUUAUUGCACAGACACCAAAAGUAACCAGAAAAAAUGCCAUAAUAGACACAAGAUGCAUUUCUCACUUUUCUUUUUACUGGUGACAGUAACAUUUUGGGCUAUAAAAUGUUUGCCAUACUCACCAAUGAUGUGCCUCAUUGUAACAAUGAAGAGUCAUUUGAUAGAAGUAUUUAUUUAUGUUCACUGA